AUGAAGUACUCUCUCUUCACUGCCAUUGCGGCAGCCUUUGCCACCACCGUUAGCGCUGCCGACGGUGUCAAGGGCGCUGCUGAAGGUUUCGCCAAGGGCGUGACUGGUGGUGGCAACGCCGCUCCCGUCUACCCCAAGACCAACGCCGAGCUGGUCAGCUACCUCGGCGACUCGCAGGCCCGCACCAUUGUCCUCACAAAGACCUUUGACUUCACUGGCACCGAGGGCAAGGUCACGUCGUCUGGAUGCCGUCCCUGGGGCACCGGCUCGGGAUGCCAGAUUGCCAUCAACAAGGACAACUGGUGUGUCAACUACCAGCCCAACGCGCCCAAGGUCAACAGCAUCACCUACGACAAGGCUGGUGUGCUUGGUAUCACCGUCGGCUCCAACAAGUCCUUGAUUGGCCAGGGCUCCAAGGGUGUCAUCAAGGGAAAGGGUAUCCGCAUGGUCAGCAACGUCAAGAACAUCAUCAUCCAAAACGUCCGCUUCACCGACAUCAAUGCUCAAUUCGUCUGGGGUGGUGAUGCCAUCACCGUCGACGGCGCCGACAUGAUCUGGAUCGAUCACUGCACCACCGACCUCAUUGGCCGCCAGCACAUUGUCCUCGGUAACAGCGCUUGCGGCCGUGUCAGCAUCACCAACAACGAGAUCAACGGCGCCUCUGCCUGGUCCGCCACCUGCGACAGCCACCACUACUGGGGCCUGUACUUCACCGGCAGCAACGACCUCGUCACCCUCAAGGGCAACUACAUCCACCACACCUCUGGCCGCUCGCCCAAGGUCGCCGGCAACACGCUCCUCCACGCCGUCAACAACUACUUUUACGCCAACUCUGGCCACGCCUUCGAGGCCGACCAGGGCGCCAAGAUUGUCCUCGAGGGCAACAUCUUCCAGGACGUCAAGGCCGCUGCUCAGUCUGGUCUCCCCGGCAAGUUCUUUGCCUCGACUGGCAACAACGGCGCUUGCAAGUCUUACCUCGGCCACGACUGCCAGCCCAACUCCUACAGCAACUCGGGAAGCAUGUCCGGCUCUGACACCAGCAUUCUCUCUGGCUUCUCUGGCAAGAACGUCGCUUCUGCUGGUGCUGCUUCCACUGCCCAGACGCUCAAGAACAGCGCUGGUUACGGAAGGAUCUAAGCUACAUGGCUAGCUUGUCUACAUAGUCCUGGGGACCUCUUGGCGCAUCACUAUGCGAGAGUGCUGAUUGUUAUUUUCUUCUGUAUAUACUAUCCUUCUUACCCGUACAUAUUUGCUAUUUGAGCUAUCUUU